AUGAAACCUGUAGAACCGUCCUAUCCAAGAGGGUAUGACCCGAAUGCUAAGUGCGAGUAUCAUGCUGGUGGUAUUGGUCAUUCGACAGAGAAUUGUAGGGCAUUAAAGUUCAAAGUGCAAGACUUAAUUAAUGCCAAAUGGCUGAAUUUCAAGGAGGAUAAUCCUAACAUUAGGAGUAAUCCCCUACCUGGGCAUGGAGGAUCAUCGGUAAAUGUCGUCGAGGAAGAGUCUGCACAUGUUUUAAAAAGGAAAGUUGAAGAGGUUACCACUCCUCUUAAGGUUAUUUUUUAUGAGUUGUGCAAGGCUGACUUGAUCAAGGGUUUUGUACAUGAAGAAAAUAUGUGUGAUUUGCACCCUAAUGCAUACCAUUCCAUUGAAGAUUGUGAAGAAUUCAAGCAUGUUCUGCAAACCCUGAUGGACAAGCAUUUGGUCCAAAUCGGGCACUUUAAAAGGAAAAAUGAAGUUUUGACUGUUGAUGAACAAUCACUAACUUUUCUGAAACCUUUGGUCAUUCAUUACACCAAGUGUGUGGAUACCCCAACUACCAAUGGACCUAGACCUAUCACUAUACAAGUACCGGCUCCAUUCCCUUAUAAGGACAACAAAGCAGUACCAUGGAAGUAUGAUGCAAGGGUUUAUUCUGAUACUCUCGUCGUCUCAAACGUUGCUGGUGUUGGUGGGAUGACCCGUAGCGGUCGCAUUUACACACCUGAGGAGCUGAGAAAGGAGCGAACAAAAGAGAUAGAGAGAUCCUCAAAGGGGAAAGCCAAAGUGGGCGAGUUUGAAGACGCUGACGAAGAGAAAAUGCCUGAAAUAAAGAAAGUAGUGUCAGAUGAAGAAGCUUGUGAGUUUUUGAAAUUUAUUCGACAAAGCGAAUAUCAAGUUGUGGAACAAUUAAACAGAACUCCAACACGGAUAUUUCUUUUAUCGCUGUUGUUAAACUCUGAGCCACAUAGGAGGACUCUUUUGAAAGUGUUGAAUGAGGCUCAUGUCAGUCAUGAUAUCACUACCGACAAGUUUGGAGGCAUUGUUGGUAAUAUUGUCUCAAACAAUUAUCUCACCUUCUCUGAUGAUGAAGUACCUGUCGAAGGAAUGGGGCACAAUAAAGCACUGCAUAUAUCUGUGAAAUGUCGAGAUCACAUUAUUGCUAGAGUGCUUAUUGACAAUGGGUCUUCUCUGAAUGUGAUGCCAAAAGUAACAUUGUCAAAAUUACCUUGUGAUGAGUCGCAUAUGAAACCCAGUGCCAUGAUAGUAAGAGCUUUUGAUGGAACAAGGAGAGAGGUCAUUGGAGAAAUUGAAAUCCCAAUCCAAAUCGGUCCUUGCACUUUUCAGAUUUUGUUUCAAGUAAUGGACAUCGCGCCAGCUUACAGCUGUCUUUUAGGGAGGCCUUGGAUUCAUUCUGCUGGAGUUGUACCAUCCACAUUGCAUCAGAAACUAAAGUUUAUCAUUGAUAAUAAGUUAGUGAUUGUCUCUGGUGAAGAAGAUGUGUUGGUGAGUAAGCCUUCGUCCACUCCUUAUAUUGAAGCUGCUGAAGAAGCUCUAGAGACCUCUUUUCAAGCUUUAGAGAUUGCGAAUGCUACUUAUGUAGGAGAGGGAGCUCCAAUUUUAAAGCCUCGAUUGUCUAAUACAUCCAUAAUGACUGCUAAAGUCAUGCUCAAUGGAGGUUGUCAGUACAGAUACAUGUUGGGGCAAGUCAUGUCGAAAGCAACAAACUGGUUACAACUCCAUGAGAAUAAGGACAGAUUUGGGUUGGGAUACACGCCCACUAAAGCUGAUAAGAGAAGAGUCAUGGAGGAAAAGAAAGAAAGAAGAUUAGCCAGGUUGGAAGGUAGGGAGCCUAAGACUGAAGGGGUCCCCAUUUGUGAUCUCCUGAAAAGUUUCUAUAGUGUUGGAUUUGAGUUUCAAGACACAGUGGCUGCUGCUGAUGUGGAUACACCUGAAGAAGAGGUUGUGGACCUAGUCCGUACUUGUCCGCCAAACACAGAAGUUGGCAAUUGGGAGAUCAUCGAGUUACCUGUGAUUUUUAAUAGCUAUUCAAAAUUCAAAAGUGACAUGUCUGAAAGUAACAGUGCUAAUAUCUCAUCCACUAAUUUUGAUUGUCCCAUUAAUCAAGCUGUCGAAGAUGAUAGUGAUGUUGAUUUACCCUCAGAAUUUCUAAGAUUGGUCGAUCAAGAAGUGAAAGAGAUCCAACCUCAUGAUGAACCCACUGAGACAAUUAAUUUAGGGACUGAAGAUGAUAAGAAAGAAAUCAAAAUAGGCACCCUUAUGAAAAAACAAGAGCGCGACAAGUUGAUUAAACUCUUGCAUGAUUAUAAUGACGUCUUUGCAUGGUCUUAUCAAGAUAUGCCAGGUCUAGAUGUUGAUAUAGUCGAGCAUAAAUUGCCACUAAAACCAGAGUGUUUCCCGGUUAAGCAGAAAUUAAGGAGAAUGAAGCCUGAGAUGUCAUUGAAGAUUAUGGAGGAGGUCAAGAAGCAAUUUGAUGCAGGUUUUCUUGCUGUUGCCAAAUACCCUCAAUGGGUUGCUAACAUUGUGCCAGUUCCCAAGAAAGAUGGAAAGAUGGUUACUCAGGUUAUAAUCAGAUCAAAAUGGCUGAAGAGGACACAUCCGAACCUUUCCAUCUUUCUUGGGAACUGGCACAAUGUUAGCAACCCAUUGAGGGUGCCUAUUUUGAUUUCUUUCUUAUCAUCUGAUGACCGUAAGUCUACUUCAGGCUUUAUUUUUAUGAUGGCAGGAGGAGCUGUAUCUUGGAAGAGUGUCAAACAGACAGUUACAGCUACUUCUACUAUGGAAGCAGAGUAUGUCGCUUGUUAUGAGGCUACCCGUCAGGCUAUGUGGCUAAAGAAUUUGAUUUCUAGCUUCCGCAUUGUUGAGAGUAUAUCUAGGCCACUUGUGAUUUAUUGCGACAAUACUGCUGCUGUACUUCUAUCUCAGAAUAAUAAGAGUUCUACUCGUUCAAAACACUUUGAUAUAAAGUACUUGUUUGUUAGAAAGAAAGUACUUGAGUUUCAGACUCGAAUUAAGUACAUUUCCACAGAGAGCAUGUUGGCAGAUCCACUAACCAAAGGCUUGACCGUUGGAGCUUUUCAAAAUCAUGUAGCUCAUAUGGGUUUAGUCAAGUCUUUUGAUGUUUUGGAUUAG